GAAGAAAAGAAGAACAAAAAGAAGAAGAAAAAAAACCCGACAAACACUUGUCUGUGUGCGCGUUGGAGGAGGGGGGUGUAAACAAAGAGCGACAGAAUAUGCACGCCUUGGUGAACGCCUUCAUGCGCUGCCUCGGCUUCCUCCUGCCUCCCUCUCGCCUUUGUGUCAGCUUCUGCCUGUGGGUUGGGAAUGAGUGCGAAGACGCGCUGCCGCGGCCCAAUCCCCGAGCUCGUUUCAAAAGCAGAAAGCCUCUUACAUAUGAGGAAGUAGCAGCAGCAGGAGCAGCAGCAGGAGCAGCAGCGGCGGCGGCGGCGGCAGAAGCGCAGGGAGGCUCCAGACCGUCGGUCUCACCAGGUCCAGGCUGCGUCUCGCCGGCUGCUACAAGCCCCGCUGCUCCUCAGGGCCCGCCACCGGGUCGGAUCUGGAUCGGGGGUCUCUGGCGAGCCGUGGAGCGCGUCUUCGGAGCCCCCUGGGUCCUCCUCCACCAUUACUGCUGCCCGGAGAAGCGUCGAGCAGCUUUACGCGCCCCGUGUCCUGCCCGCGCCUUCGAGCCGAGCGGGGUUACGAGCUGCCAGGGAGGCGCCGCCGCCGCCGCCGCCGAGGAGGAGGAGGGCGGACGCACCUCGGCUUAUUCGCGGACCAUGAGCGGCUCCGCGGGCAUCCCCAGCCCGAGCGCGGCGGCGUGCGUCGCCGACGCGUGCGCGGAGCAGGGCUUCGAUGAGGUAAUCACCGUGGAUCAGCACACGCAGGAGAUGGGGACGGUGACGAUCACCGUGGCCAUUCAAGCGGCGGAGGACGAGGAGCCCGAGGAGGUGUCGUCCAGCAUCAUCGACUUCCUCGGAGGCAGCUGCAGCGAGGACGAGCUCGGGAGAUAUGACAAAUCCAGUGGGGCCGGGACCAGUGGAGGCGAGCUGGAGGAGGAGAGCUGGCAGCCGCCCGAUACAGAACUCAUCCAGAAGUUGGUCGCUCAGAUUGAGUACUAUCUGUCCGAUGAGAACCUGGAGCACGACGCCUUCCUGCUCAAACACGUCAGACGUAACAAACUGGGCUUCGUCAGCGUCAAGCUGCUCACCUCGUUCAAAAAGGUGAAACACUUGACUCGUGACUGGAGAACAACUGCUUAUGCUCUGAGACACUCGAAGGUGCUUGAGCUGAACGACGAGGGGCGCAAGGUGCGGCGCAAAUCCGCAGUGCCGGUCUUUGCCAGCGAGUCGCUGCCUAGCCGCAUGCUGCUGCUAAGUGAUUUGCAGAGGUGGCCAGAGCUGGCGGUUCUCACCAAGGAUAAUGGAGGGAACGAGGGAGGAGCGACACAGCAGGAGCAGCUGAUGAAGCUGUUGCUGAAAGCUUUUGGCACGUAUGGUGCCAUUGCGUCCGUCAGAGUCCUGAAGCCUGGGAAGGACCUGCCGUCAGACCUGAAGAGGCUGAGCGGCCGCUACACUCAGCUGGGCACCGAGGAGUGUGCCAUCGUGGAGUUUGAGGAGGUGGAGGCUGCCGUGAAGGCCAACGAAGCUGUGGGGAACGACAACGGCGGGGCCACCUUGCUCGGGUUGAAAGUGGUGCUGAUUGGCACCAAGCCGCCCAAGAAGAAGGUACCCAAAGAUCGACCACGUGAGGAGGCAGGGAUGCGCAAGAGUCGCUCGCUCAACAGCAGAAUACGGGAGCUUCAGUACCACGGGGACGACUCCGCCUGCAGCUCGUCAGAGACUGAGAGCAACCCGACGUCCCCAAGGCUGGCCCGAAAGUCCCAAUCCUGCAACAAGCUCAGCCCCACCACUGCCAGCAUCCAGAACAAUCACCUGAGUCCCAGUAUCUCCCCGCGCAACAGUCCCUGGUCGAGCCCCCGCGGCAGCCCAUGUCCUCAGCGCAAAUCUCCUCAUUCCCACAAGUCUCCCCUGGCCAGUGAGGGCAGACUGAGCCCCGAGCCCGGGCGUCGCUGGGACUACUCCUCAGACAGCAGCCUCACCCCGUCAGGGAGCCCAUGGGUUCAGCGGCGCAAGCAGGUGGCGUCUCAGGAGAGCAGUCCGGUCGGCAGCCCGAUGCUGGCUAGAAAGAUCCAGAAUGCAGACGGCCUGCCACCAGGCGUGACGAGGCUGCCCAGGGGUCCAGACGGAACCCGCGGCUUUCACUGUGUCACUGCUGGUGAGCGGGGAAAGAGUGCUGCUACUCAGACUUGAUAUGUGGAGCGUCCUUGUGCAUUCCUUAUCCCCCGGGAAAAACAAAAAUGAUAUAUAGGAAAAUUUGAGCUGCUCUUAGCCACGAUGCUCGGCCCCCACCCCACAUUUGAGACUUUAUAGUUAUACUUUUGUCGUUGAGUGCAUCAGUUUUCAGUCUUUUGUUAUAUUUUUAUACGACAUUUUGAGUUACCAUGGUAACAUUAGUAGUUUACUCAUGGAAAUUUUGAGUGAAUGUAAGUUGAUAUUGCUUUGAGAGAGAACUUAUCAUACACCAUGCUCCAUUGCUGUCUAUACUUGUUCCAUAUGGGUGGGUUGGAGUAGGAUUUUUUUUUUUUUUUGUUUAGUUUUUUUUAAUUGAAGUGUCCCGUCAUGUGUGUAAAAGCUCACAACUUUGUCUUUCUGUGAAUGGUGUAUACAUGUGUAAGUGGUGUAAGUGACAUAGGCGCAUGGACUUGAUAGCUAUAUCACCAUAUGCCUUUUCUGUAUUUGUCAACUGUGAGUUCCAUUUUUACAUGCUGUUUAAACUGAGACCAUAAUUGCUCCACUGCCAUACAGGUUGGAAGGUUAAACUUGGACAUGAUGGACUUAUGUUUUAGUUUUCAUUUAGCCUUUUUUAAUUUCAGUAUUUUCAGUAUGCUUUGGCACUUAGUUGGGAGGGGUCUCUCUCUUCUAGCCCUGUAAAUGUUCAUUUGUCCAGCAGGCAGCUGCAUUAUUUAUUUUUUUAGCCUUAUUCUUAUUUUGCAUACGUUUCCAUCGUUCUAAGCUCACAGGGAGGUUUGAGGGAUGUUCAGGUUCGGGCAGAACAGAUGCUCUUGUGUUCUUGCCUUCACAUCUGAGCUGGGGUGUUUGUACAGUGAAAAAUUCCUAUUGUACAAAUAAAUCACAAAAAUUGCAAAAUUG